AUGCAACGGGAGCAAGAGACGGACAAUAAAAAUCAACGUAAAAAGCUCUCCCCGCGACUGGACUUUAUCCGCUGCGAAAUAGAGUCGAGACUCGCGUACCGAUCUGCGUGCGCGGCACGAGCAGGGCGGGGUGGGUGCGGUGCGUGGCGGCUACAUUUACGCGGGAGCAAGAGACUAGCAAUAAGUCAACAUACGAAGCUCUCCCCGCGAUUGGACUUUAUCCGCUGCGAAAUAGAGUCGAGACUCGCGUACCGAUCUGCGUGCGCGGCACGAGCAGGGCGGGGUGGGUGCGGUGCGUGGCGGCUACAUUUACGCGGGAGCAAGAGACUAGCAAUAAGUCAACAUACGAAGCUCUCCCCGCGAUUGGACUUUCUCCGCUGCGAAAUAGAGUCGAGACUCGCGUACCGAUCUGCGUGCGCGGCACGAGCAGGGCGGGGUGGGUGCGGUGCGUGGCGGCUACAUUUACGCGGGAGCAAGAGACUAGCAAUAAGUCAACAUACUAAGCUCUCCCCGCGAUUGGACUUUAUCCGCUGCGAAAUAGAGUCGAGACUCGCGUACCGAUCUGCGUGCGCGGCACGAGCAGGGCGGGGUGGGUGCGGUGCGUGGCGGCUACAUUUACGCGGGAGCAAGAGACUAGCAAUAAGUCAACAUACUAAGCUCUCCCCGCGAUUGGACUUUAUCCGCUGCGAAAUAGAGUCGAGACUCGCGUACCGAUCUGCGUGCGCGGCACUAGCAGGGCGGGGUGGGUGCGGUGCGUGGCGGCUACAUUUACGCGGGAGCAAGAGACUAGCAAUAAGUCAACAUACGAAGCUCUCCCCGCGAUUGGACUUUAUCCGCUGCGAAAUAGAGUCGAGACUCGCGUACCGAUCUGCGUGCGCGGCACGAGCAGGGCGGGGUGGGUGCGGUGCGUGGCGGCUACAUUUACGCGGGAGCAAGAGACUAGCAAUAAGUCAACAUACUAAGCUCUCCCCGCGAUUGGACUUUAUCCGCUGCGAAAUAGAGUCGAGACUCGCGUACCGAUCUGCGUGCGCGGCACGAGCAGGGCGGGUCGAGACUCGCGUACCGAUCUGCGUGCGCGGCACGAGCAGGGCGGGGGGGUGGGUGCGGUGCGUGGCGGCUACAUUUACGCGGGAGCAAGAGACUAGCAAUAAGUCAACAUACGAAGCUCUCCCCGCGAUUGGACUUUAUCCGCUGCGAAAUAGAAUGGGGUGGGUGCGGUGCGUGGCGGCUACAUUUACGCGGGAGCAAGAGACUAGCAAUAAGUCAACAUACGAAGCUCUCCCCGCGAUUGGACUUUAUCCGCUGCGAAAUAGAGUCGAGACUCGCGUACCGAUCUGCGUGCGCGGCACGAGCAGGGCGGGGGGGUGCGGUGCGUGGCGGCUACAUUUACGCGGGAGCAAGAGACUAGCAAUAAGUCAACAUACGAAGCUCUCCCCGCGAUUGGACUUUAUCCGCUGCGAAAUAGAGUCGAGACUCGCGUACCGAUCUGCGUGCGCGGCACGAGCAGGGCGGGGUGGGUGCGGUGCGUGGCGGCUACAUUUACGCGGGAGCAAGAGACUAGCAAUAAGUCAACAUACGAAGCUCUCCCCGCGAUUGGACUUUUAUCCGCUGCGAAAUAGAGUCGAGACUCGCGUACCGAUCUGCGUGCGCGGCACGAGCAGGGCGGGGUGGGUGCGGUGCGUGGCGGCUACAUUUACGCGGGAGCAAGAGACUAGCAAUAAGUCAACAUACGAAGCUCUCCCCGCGAUUGGACUUUAUCCGCUGCGAAAUAGAGUCGAGACUCGCGUACCGAUCUGCGUGCGCGGCACGAGCAGGGCGGGGUGGGUGCGGUGCGUGGCGGCUACAUUUACGCGGGAGCAAGAGACUAGCAAUAAGUCAACAUACGAAGCUCUCCCCGCGAUUGGACUUUAUCCGCUGCGAAAUAGAGUCGAGACUCGCGUACCGAUCUGCGUGCGCGGCACGAGCAGGGCGGGGUGGGGGUGCGCUCUCCCCGCGAUUGGACUUUAUCCGCUGCGAAAUAGAGUCGAGACUCGCGUACCGAUCUGCGUGCGCGGCACGAGCAGGGCGGGGUGGGUGCGGUGCGUGGCGCUACAUUUACGCGGGAGCAAGAGACUAGCAAUAAGUCAACAUACGAAGCUCUCCCCGCGAUUGGACUUUAUCCGCUGCGAAAUAGAGUCGAGACUCGCGUACCGAUCUGCGUGCGCGGCACGAGCAGGGCGGGGUGGGUGCGGUGCGUGGCGGCUACAUUUACGCGGGAGCAAGAGACUAGCAAUAAGUCAACAUACGAAGCUCUCCCCGCGAUUGGACUUUAUCCGCUGCGAAAUAGAGUCGAGACUCGCGUACCGAUCUGCGUGCGCGGCACGAGCAGGGCGGGGGGGGGUGCGGUGCGUGGCGGCUACAUUUACGCGGGAGCAAGAGACUAGCAAUAAGUCAACAUACGAAGCUCUCCCCGCGAUUGGACUUUAUCCGCUGCGAAAUAGAGUCGAGACUCGCGUACCGAUCUGCGUGCGCGGCACGAGCAGGGCGGGGUGGGUGCGGUGCGUGGCGGCUACAUUUACGCGGGAGCAAGAGACUAGCAAUAAGUCAACAUACGAAGCUCUCCCCGCGAUUGGACUUUAUCCGCUGCGAAAUAGAGUCGAGACUCGCGUACCGAUCUGCGUGCGCGGCACGAGCAGGGCGGGGUGGGUGCGGUGCGUGGCGGCUACAUUUACGCGGGAGCAAGAGACUAGGUCAACAUACGAACAUUUAUCCGCGGGAGCAGAGUACCGACUAGCGCGGCAUAGCAGUCAACAUACAAUAAGUCAACAUCUCCCCGCGAUUGGACUUUAUCCGCUGCGAAAUAGAGUCGAGACUCGCGUACCGAUCUGCGUGCGCGGCACGAGCAGGGCGGGUAGAGGAGUCGAGACUCGCGUACCGAUCUGCGUGCGCGGCACGAGCAGGGCGGGGUGGGUGCGGUGCGUGGCGGCUACAUUUACGCGGGAGCAAGAGACUAGCAAUAAGUCAACAUACGAAGCUCUCCCCGCGAUUGGACUUUAUCCGCUGCGAAAUAGAGUCGAGACUCGCGUACCGAUCUGCGUGCGCGGCACGAGCAGGGCGGGGUGGGUGCGGUGCGUGGCGGCUACAUUUACGCGGGAGCAAGAGACUAGCAAUAAGUCAACAUACGAAGCUCUCCCCGCGAUUGGACUUUAUCCGCUGCGAAAUAGAGUCGAGACUCGCGUACCGAUCUGCGUGCGCGGCACGAGCAGGGCGGGGUGGGUGCGGUGCGUGGCGGCUACAUUUACGCGGGAGCAAGAGACUAGCAAUAAGUCAACAUACGAAGCUCUCCCCGCGAUUGGACUUUAUCCGCUGCGAAAUAGAGUCGAGACUCGCGUACCGAUCUGCGUGCGCGGCACGAGCAGGGCGGGGUGGGUGCGGUGCGUGGCGGCUACAUUUACGCGGGAGCAAGAGACUAGCAAUAAGUCAACAUACGAAGCUCUCCCCGCGAUUGGACUUUAUCCGCUGCGAAAUAGAGUCGAGACUCGCGUACCGAUCUGCGUGCGCGGCACGAGCAGGGCGGGGUGGGUGCGGUGCGUGGCGGCUACAUUUACGCGGGAGCAAGAGACUAGCAAUAAGUCAACAUACGAAGCUCUCCCCGCGAUUGGACUUUAUCCGCUGCGAAAUAGAGUCGAGACUCGCGUACCGAUCUGCGUGCGCGGCACGAGCAGGGCGGGGUGGGUGCGGUGCGUGGCGGCGUGGCGCAGCGCGGCGCAGAGGGCGUGCAGCGUGGCGCGUGACGUCACGGCGGCCGUGAGCCGCUGCGGCCGCGCGCCGCCGCUCAGCGCGCGCACG